CAUAUGCCAUAUGCGAUCUGCAAGCAUAUGCCAUAUGCGAUCUGCAAGCAUAUGCCAUAUGCGAUCUGCAAGCAUAUGCCAUCUGCGAUCUGCAAGCAUAUGCAAUCUGCAAGCAUAUGCCAUAUGCGAUCUGCAAGCAUAUGCCAUAUGCUUGCAUAUGCGAUCUGCAAGCAUAUGCCAUAUGCGAUCUGCAAGCAUAUGCCAUAUGCGAUCCGCAAGCAUAUGCCAUUA